AUGGGUGAUUCAAACACAUGGGAUAUGAUAACUGAAGAUCGAAAAAAGAGCCGAUCACCUUCGAGAGCAUCCAGAGUUGAUCCUGAGGUUUGACUGAACUGACUGACAUAUGGAUGUCAUGUAAUCAUUAUUGAUUUGUUAUUGAAAAUAAAUAUUUUCAGAUGCUUGACAGUGCUGCUGAAUUAGAAGCUCUUGGUUUAGGAAAAGAACAAUUAGAACAAGAAGCGAGAGAGCAAAGAAGACAGAAGAAGCAGAGAAGUAAAUCACCGGCAUUGGAAAAUAUUCGAAAAGCUUCACUUCAUGUAUUACAAGUUAGUUUUUUUUUUGAAAAUGAUAUCACAAUCAUUAAUAUUUCUAGAAAUUUGGAGCACUUCCUAAAAAACGAGACGACAGUGUACUUUUAUUUCGGCAACAUGAUAUUCCUGAUCUUUCUCUAGAUGGUUACUGUAUUCGACCAAAGGAAUAUUUCGAAGAGCCAAAACCAUUUUUCUUUCGAGACCUGGGAAGAGAACAGCAGAAAUUAGAAGUCAAUGAAAAAUGUUCUUAUCUAUUUCGUGGUUCUUCUUUCGAAAAUGAAGAUCAUUUUGAACAAGCAACUGAAAUGGAAAGAAUUCCAGAAUAUGAUCAUUUUUGUCCGAUUCAUGGAUCUCGUAGAAGACUUGCAAGAACUAAUCAAUUAGUUACAAUGCAACAUUUGAUGCAUUCGGUCGAUGAAGAAGAUGAUGAAAAUUUGGCAUAUUUAUAUAGGUACACAAAACUGAACUUUCCGAAAAAACAUAUUUUUCAGUCAUGAUUUAAUCGCAAAAUUGAUUCGAAAGAAAAAGCGAGAUAUGUUGAGUGGUCGAGAAAAAGAACGAGUCAAUAAAGUUAUGCAAAAAAUCAUGUCAAAUCUUUGGAUUUUAUCAGUCGCAUUUCUAUUUUUGUUCACUGCUUUUAACGGACUCCAAAAUUUACAAACAACAAUUAAUGGAAAUCUUGGAUCAGAUUGUUUAGUGUACGUUUUUCAUUUCAACUUUCUGAAUAUUUAAAAACUCAAAUUUUCAGCGCUUUUUAUGUGUCAUUGGCAUUUUCAUCACUUUUUAUUCCAACUUUUAUGAUAAAUCGAAUCGGGUGUAAAUUGACAUUUAUUGUCGCAAUAUUUAUUUAUACAUUAUAUAUUCUUAUAAAUAUGCGAGCAACUUAUUCAUCAAUGCUUCCAGCUUCAAUUCUUUGCGGAGUUGCGGCUUCUUGUAUUUGGGGUGCAAAAUGUAAUUAUAUUACUGAAAUGGGAAUUCGAUAUGCGUCAUUGAAUUUCGAAAGUCCGAAUACAGUAAUCGUUCGGUUUUUUGGAUAUUUCUUUAUGAUUGUUCAUUGUGGACAAGUUAUUGGAAAUAUAAUAUCUUCAUAUAUUUUAUUAUAUUCACUUCCAAGUAGUAAAAAUGUGGAUGAUAUUUAUAAAACAUGUGGCAAUAAAUUCCCAAUGAAUGAAUCCGAAUUAUCUGAACAAGCAUUUAAUAAUCUUCAAGCUCCGCCACAAAGUGUUCAUGUUGUUGUUUGUCUAACAUAUUUGACAUGUACAGUAAUCAGUGGAAUGAUUGUUAGUAUGUUUCUAAAUGCUCUUCAGAAGGACAAAAUUUCAAGGUUAGUUGUUUUUGAACUUAAAUAUUAACUAUCCAUUUUUGUUUCAGGAAAACUCCAACCAAUCUGAAUACUGAAAUUCUUCAAUUAAUGUGGAAAAACUUGUUCAAUAUUCGAUAUUUUCUUCUCGUUCCACUCACAAUUUUCAAUGGUUUGGAACAAGCUUUUAUAGUUGGAGUUUACACGAAAUCAUUUAUUGGAUGUGGUUUGGGUAUUGGUCAAAUUGGUUCAGUUAUGGCAUGUUUUGGAGUAUCUGAUGCUAUUUGUUCCCUAGUUUUUGGACCAUUAGUAAGUAUUUCAAAUUUUAAAUAUUUCUCUAAAAAUUGUUUAUAGAUCAAACUAUUUGGUCGAAUGCCACUUUUUGUUUUUGGAGCUGUUGUAAAUCUUCUUAUGAUUAUCACAUUAAUUGUGAGUUGUAUAGUUUUUCUUUCGAGCUGAACAACUUUGUUCAGAUCUGGCCAUUGAAUGCGAUGGAUAUCGAGAUUUUCUAUGUUGUUGCAAGUAUUUGGGGAAUGGCAGAUGGUGUUUGGAAUACUCAAAUUAAUGGUUUUUGGGUUGCUCUUGUUGGUCGACAAUCUCUUCAAUUUGCAUUCACAAAAUAUCGGUUUUGGGAAUCUUUGGGAAUUGCAAUUGGUUUCACGCUUAUUCGAUUUGUCAAUGUUGAAAUGUAUCUUUUGAUCACAUUUUUUGUUUUGCUUAUUGGAAUGUGUGGUUUUGUUGCAAUUGAGAAUUUCGAUCAUAUUCUGGUAAGGUUUUUUUUUGGCAGAAAUAAGAGAAACAGAGACACUACUUUUCUCACAUGAUUUCAAACAGAAAAAUUUUGAAAACAAUAUUCUACUAUUUUUUCCAGAACUUCAUGUAUGUUCUGAAAAAUGCAUAUUUCCCAAAACGACAAACCGAAAAUUCAACAGCGCAAAGAAAAGAAGGCGGGGUUGCUGUGAUUCAGAAUAAUUUGGAGACAUCAAUGAUGACAACAAUAACCGGUACAGAAACUUGA